AUGGCUCAAUUCGAACUACAAAAUUCACGCCAUCCACCUAGUUAUCCACGAUCGUGUCAUCAUUGCGGGCACAUCGUUCGUCAGAGAAACCCCGAAAGUGAUCCUUUACCUGGAUGGCCGAUGGUCGCAAAGGUCAUCGUAGACCAUCCUGGGCUCGAGGCGUUUGAACCUUUCAGAGAUUUGAAUGUCAAGAGCUUGCUCUACUACCAGGCUGAGCUCGAUAUGCUAAGAAAACAACUCCGAAAGAUGGAAUUGAAAGACAACCAAAACCCUCCUGUCUCUAAUGGUGGUCCUCUGGACUGUGCGGCAAGUGUGGCAGACUUGUUGGACACCAAGUGUCUACCUGAGGGCAGCCGGGCUCAACUUGACUUGAUUACAGAAAUACGGAACGUCUUGAAUAAAUACAGUGCGUUGUCUAACAAGGCUCUUAUACAGUACUCUCAAAUUACUGCAUUCCAAAAAGCUGAUCCUUUUAACGUCGAAACUCUCCGGAGUUGGAUAAGAGACGAACAAUGUGGGGAUAUGUCUAUUGUAGGGCCUGGCUCAAAAACUUGGGGCUCUUUUGAUUCUGAACGUGACUUGGUGGCCACCCAGAAGCCAGCGAUUCAAUGGCAAUUUUUACGACUUUUAUGGCGUCUUGUCUGGCCGAAAAAACUCGAUGACGGACAAAAUACCCUCAUAGUUCCUCGCCCAAUUCAGAAAGUGGACGGUCUUACUCGCUGGGUGGCUAAUGAAUGGGUACCUUUCUGUGAAGAGCUCCGCCGGGCCAGACGCAAGCUUCGUGACACAGAUUUCUGGCGCACACUUUGCCAAUGGUGGAAGGCAACUAAGGAAAAGUUACAUAUUGACGGUGAAGUGUCGGAGGAGCAACAGAAUACUCCUUGUUCGUGCCACGUUCCGAAACUCAACACGUUCUCCGAACGUCGAAUGCUAGUAUUCACCUCGUCGGUCGCGACUGCUGUAGCUUGCGCCCUUCCAAUAGCCGCCAUAUCAGUGCUUUCGACACUCCAUUCGAAUGCGAAAACGCUCGGGAUUAUUGCUCUCUUUACUGUGGCCUUUGCGGGCGGUCUGAUGUACUUGGUUGGAGGAUCUUCGAGGGUGGAAAUAUUUACUGCCACUGCUGCCUAA